AUGACCUCGGCAGCAUCAAACAAGAGGCCAAACUUCCUCAUCAUCGUCGCCGACGACUUGGGUUUUUCCGACGUAGGUGCCUUUGGAGGCGAGAUCUCUACGCCCAACCUGGACAAGCUGGCGUUGGAAGGCGUGCGUUUGACAGGCUUCCACACUGCGUCAGCAUGUAGUCCGACGCGCUCGAUGCUCAUGUCUGGAACCGACAACCAUCUUGCCGGACUGGGCCAGAUGGCCGAGACGAUCAGUCGCACGCCAGGCUACCAGGGCCACGAGGGUUACGAAGGUGUCCUCAACGACAAAGUGGCAGCACUGCCCGAGCUCUUGUCCGAUGCAGGCUAUGCGACCUACAUGUCUGGCAAGUGGCACCUCGGGCUCACCAAAGAGACUACACCGCAUGCCCGUGGCUUCCAGCACUCAUUUGCUCUGCUGCCGGGCGCUGGCAACCACUACGGCUACGAGCCCCAGCUUCAAGACGGCUCGCCCGCCAUCAAGUUCAUGCCUCCUCUGUACUAUGAGGAUGAUCGACACCUCUCGUUGAACGAGCUUCCGCAACCGUUCUAUUCGUCCGACGUGUUUGCCAGCAAGCUCAUUUCGCAGCUCGAGCACAGAGAGGGCGAUGCCGCACAGAAGCAGAAGCCCUUCUUUGCGUAUCUGCCCUUCACCGCUCCACACUGGCCGCUGCAAGCCGACCCUGCGGUCGUCGCAAAGUACAAGGGCUUCUACGACGAUGGCUUUGAGGCCUUGCGCGUCCGGCGUAUGGAUGCUUUGGUCAAGCUUGGCUUGAUCGAUGAACAUGCACGACAGGCUGCCCACCCUGCCAUCGAGAUCUUCAACCAGGAUCCCAAGUGGGACUCGUACACGGACGAGGAGAAGAAGUACAGCGCCAAGCUCAUGGAGACGUACGCAGCCAUGGUCGAGACGAUGGACACCAACAUCGGCAAGGUCAUCCAACAUCUUGACGAGACCGGCGAGCUGGACAACACGUUCAUCCUGUUCAUGAGCGACAACGGGGCCGAGGGAGCUCUGUUGGAAGCGCUCCCAGUGAUGGGGCCGCAUAUUGCUCAAGUGAUCCGCAAGUUCUACGACAACAGCUACGACAACAUCGGACGCAAGAACAGCUUCACCUACUAUGGCCCGCAGUGGGCUCAGGCUUCCACUGCCCCUUCGCGCAUGUACAAGGCCUGGAUCACUGAAGGUGGCAUCCGAUGCCCCUGUCUGAUUCGCUAUCCUGGAUUCGCUAAGCAGAACGGCAGCAUCGUAUCCAACUUCACCACGGUGAUGGACAUCCUCCCGACGCUGCUCCAGCUGGCAGGAACGCAGCAUCCAGGCAGUACUUUCCGAGGCCGCCCUGUGCUGCAACCAAAGGGACAGUCGUGGGUGCCUUUCCUGACCAACACCUCGGAACAGAUUCAUGGCGACGACCAUGUCACUGGAUGGGAGCUGUUUGGACAGCAAGCCAUUCGCAAAGGAAACUGGAAGGCGGUCUUUAUCCCCGCGCCCAAUGGACCGGAGCGAUGGCAGCUGUACAACAUUGAGAAGGACCCAGGCGAGACGGAGGAUCUGGCCGAGUCGCACGCCAAGAUUCUCGAUGAUCUCAUCCAACACUGGACCGAAUACGUCGCUGAGACCGGAACCAUCUUGCUGACACGCAAAUAA